AUGGCGUUCCAGAAGAUCAAAGUUGCCAAUCCCAUCGUCGAGAUGGAUGGAGAUGAAAUGACUAGGGUUAUCUGGAAGUCAAUCAAGGACAAGCUCAUUUUGCCUUUCUUGGAGUUGGACAUAAAGUAUUAUGACCUUGGUCUUCCAUAUCGUGAUGAGACCGAUGAUAAAGUUACAGUUGAAAGUGCAGAAGCUACUCUCAAAUACAAUGUAGCAAUCAAGUGUGCAACUAUCACUCCAGAUGAAGCUCGAGUGAAGGAGUUUGGCCUGAAGCAAAUGUGGAAGAGUCCAAAUGGGACAAUUAGGAACAUUUUGAAUGGAACUGUCUUCAGAGAGCCAAUUCUUUGCAAAAACAUUCCGCGCCUUGUUCCUGGUUGGACAAAGCCAAUAUGUAUUGGAAGACAUGCGUUUGGUGACCAAUAUAGGGCUACUGAUACAGUAAUUAAAGGAGCUGGAACGCUGAAGCUGGUGUUUGUUCCAGAAGGCCAAGGUGAGAAGACUGAACUAGAGGUUUUUAACUUUACUGGUGAAGGAGGCGUUUCAUUGGCUAUGUACAAUACUGAUGAGUCUAUUCGUUCUUUUGCCGAGGCUUCUAUGGCCACUGCUUUAGAGAAAAAGUGGCCACUUUAUCUUAGCACCAAAAAUACAAUUCUUAAGAAAUAUGAUGGAAGAUUCAAGGACAUAUUUCAAGAAGUUUACGAGGCAAGCUGGAAAUCAAAGUUUGAGGCUGCUGGUAUAUGGUAUGAGCAUCGGCUCAUUGAUGAUAUGGUGGCUUAUGCACUUAAGAGUGAAGGAGGUUAUGUAUGGGCAUGCAAAAACUAUGAUGGAGAUGUGCAGAGUGAUUUCUUAGCUCAAGGUUUUGGAUCAUUGGGUUUGAUGACAUCUGUAUUGGUUUGCCCUGAUGGAAAAACUAUUGAAGCAGAAGCAGCCCAUGGCACAGUUACCCGUCAUUUUAGGGUUCAUCAGAAAGGAGGCGAAACUAGCACAAAUAGCAUAGCAUCCAUCUUUGCCUGGACAAGAGGGCUAGCUCACAGGGCAAAACUGGAUGACAAUGCUAAACUCUUGGAUUUCACUGAAAAGCUAGAAGCAGCUUGCAUUGGAGUAGUAGAGGCUGGAAAGAUGACCAAGGAUUUGGCACUUAUUAUUCAUGGAUCAAAGCUUUCGAGAGGGCAUUAUUUGAACACAGGGGAAUUCAUAGAUGUGGUGGCAGCUGAGCUUAGAUCGAAGCUUUCUGCAUAG